GAGGCGGCGGCAGCGGCAGCGGCAGCGGCAGAGGCGUCCGAGCUACGCCACACAGGGCCGGGGUGCUGGGUGCUGGAGCGCAGAGCGGGGUCGUGGCGGCGGCGGUGAGGACAGAGCGGCGGAGGGGGGGGUGCCAUGGCGGGACAGCAGUUCCAGUACGAUGACAGCGGGAACACCUUCUUCUAUUUCCUCACCUCAUUCGUGGGGCUCAUCGUGAUCCCGGCCACAUACUACCUCUGGCCCCGCGACCAGAACGCCGAGCAAAUUCGAUUAAAGAAUAUCAGAAAAGUAUAUGGAAGAUGUAUGUGGUAUCGUUUACGGUUAUUAAAACCCCAGCCAAAUAUUAUUCCUACUGUGAAGAAAAUAGUUCUGCUUGCAGGAUGGGCAUUGUUCUUAUUCCUUGCAUACAAAGUUUCCAAAACAGACCGAGAAUAUCAAGAAUACAAUCCUUAUGAAGUAUUAAAUUUGGAUCCUGGGGCAACAGUAGCAGAAAUUAAGAAACAGUAUCGUUUGCUGUCACUUAAAUAUCAUCCAGAUAAAGGAGGUGAUGAAGUUAUGUUCAUGAGGAUAGCAAAAGCUUAUGCAGCUUUAACUGAUGAAGAGUCCCGGAAAAACUGGGAAGAGUUUGGAAAUCCAGAUGGCCCUCAAGCCACAAGCUUUGGAAUUGCCCUGCCAGCUUGGAUAGUGGACCAGAAAAACUCAAUUUUGGUUUUACUUGUAUAUGGAUUGGCAUUCAUGGUUAUCCUUCCAGUUGUUGUGGGCUCUUGGUGGUAUCGCUCAAUACGGUAUAGUGGAGACCAGAUUCUAAUACGCACAACACAGAUUUAUACAUAUUUUGUUUAUAAAACCCGAAAUAUGGAUAUGAAACGUCUUAUCAUGGUUUUGGCUGGAGCUUCUGAAUUUGAUCCUCAGUAUAAUAAAGAUGCCACAAGCAGACCAACAGAUAAUAUUCUAAUACCUCAGCUAAUCAGAGAAAUUGGCAGCAUUAAUUUAAAGAAGAAUGAGCCUCCACUUACCUGCCCAUAUAGCCUGAAAGCCAGAGUUCUUUUACUGUCUCAUCUUGCUAGAAUGAAAAUUCCUGAAACCCUUGAAGAAGAUCAGCAAUUUAUGCUGAAAAAAUGCCCUUCUCUACUUCAAGAAAUGGUUAAUGUAAUCUGCCAACUAAUAAUAAUGGCCCGGAGCCGUGAAGAAAGGGAGUUUCGUGCUCCAACUUUGGCAUCCCUAGAAAACUGCAUGAAGCUUUCCCAGAUGGCUGUGCAGGGCCUUCAGCAGUUUAAGUCUCCCCUUCUGCAGCUGCCUCACAUUGAAGAGGACAAUCUUAGAAGGGUUUCAAAUCAUAAAAAGUACAAAAUUAAGACUAUCCAGGAUUUGGUGAGUUUAAAAGAAUCAGAUCGUCAUAGUCUACUGCACUUCCUUGAAGAUGAAAAAUAUGAAGAGGUUAUGGCUGUCCUUGGGAGUUUCCCAUAUGUGACUAUGGACAUAAAAUCACAGGUAUUGGAUGAUGAAGAUAGCAACAACAUCACAGUAGGAUCCCUAGUUACCGUGUUGGUUAAAUUGACAAGGCAAACAAUGGCAGAAGUGUUUGAAAAGGAGCAGUCCAUCUGUGCUGCCGAGGAACAGCCAGCAGAAGACGGGCAGGGUGAUACCAACAAGAAUAGGACAAAAGGAGGAUGGCAACAGAAGAGUAAAGGACCUAAGAAAGCUGCUAAAUCAAAAAAAAAGAAACCUUUAAAAAAAAAACCUACAGCUGUGCCCUUACCACAGUCAAAGCAACAGAAACAAAAGCAGGCAAAUGGAGUUGUUGGGAGUGAAGCUGCAGUAAAGGAAGAUGAAGAAGAAGUGUCUGACAAAGGCAGUGAUUCUGAAGAAGAAGAAACGAAUAGAGAAUCCCAAAGUGAAAAAGAUGAUGGUAGUGAUAGAGACUCUGAUAGAGAGCAAGAUGAAAAACAAAACAAAGAUGACGAAGCAGAGUGGCAAGAAUUACAACAAAGUAUACAGCGAAAAGAGAGAGCUCUACUGGAAACCAAAUCAAAGAUAACACACCCUGUUUAUAGUCUUUACUUUCCUGAGGAGAAACAAGAAUGGUGGUGGCUUUAUAUCGCAGAUAGAAAGGAACAGACAUUAAUAUCUAUGCCAUAUCAUGUGUGUACACUAAAAGAUACAGAAGAGGUAGAACUGAAGUUUCCUGCACCAGGCAAGCCUGGAAAUUAUCAGUAUACAGUGUUUCUGAGAUCAGAUUCCUAUAUGGGUUUGGAUCAGAUUAAACCCUUGAAGUUGGAAGUUCACGAGGCCAAGCCUGUACCAGAAAACCACCCGCAGUGGGAUACAGCAGUAGAAGGGGAUGAAGACCAGGAAGACAGCGAGGGCUUUGAAGAUAGCUUUGAGGAAGAGGAAGAAGAGGAGGAAGAUGAUGACUAAGCAGUACUAUGAAUGAACCACAAUAUUUGCACAUAUUUGCAAAUUUUUGCUCUUUUGGAAGUGUAUAAUAAACCAGAAACAGUGCAGAACUGAUGUUGAGGGAGAUAUUAGUUCUUUACUAGAAAUGGGUGCAUAUUACAACUAGGCAGUGGUAGUGCCUUGGUACAGUCUGAAAAACACUUAAGGCUUGUUAAAGCCUUUCAAGUAUGGAUGGGAUGGUGCAUUUAUUUCAUCUGCAAAUGAUAAUAAACCCUUUGUUAUAACUGUC